AUGAUCACCGUCAUCACCGAAGAUGACCGUACCUUCCCCAUCGAUGUUGACGCCAGCAUCGAGCUCGAGAACCUCAAGGCUUUGCUCGAAGUCGACUCCAAUAUUCCUGCCGACCAGCAACAGCUCUUGCAUAGCGGCAAGCUGCUGAACGAUGCCAAAGCAACACUUGCCAGCUGUGGAGUGAACAACGACGACCUGCUCAUCCUUCGCGAUCGUCGUCAAGCCUUGUCUUCUACCUCCGCUUCGAGCUCCUCUGGCGCAGCAAGAGCCGCUGCCGCACCUGCAUCGGAAGAGCAAGCAGCCGAGCAGCUGCGUCAACAGAUCUUGUCCGACCCCGCUGCACUAUCUAUGCUGCGGGCCAACAAUCCGCAGCUCGCCGACGCCGCCUCGUCCUCACCCGCCCGCUUCCUCGAGCUUCUUCGAGCCCAGCGCGAUGCCAUGUCCCGCAGCGGCACCUCUGCAGGCUCAGGGCUCGAUGACAUUGCCGACGAAUUCGACAUCGACGCACAGCGCCGUAUCGAGGAAAACAUCCGCCAGCAGCGCGUCAUGGAGAACCUCGAACACGCCAUGGAGUACUCUCCUGAAUCCUUCGGCCGCGUCACGAUGCUCUACGUCGACUGCAAAGUCAACGGCGUCCACGUCAAGGCGUUCGUCGACUCGGGCGCGCAAGCUACCAUCAUGUCGCCCGAGUGCGCCGAGAAAUGCGGCAUCAUGCGACUGCUUGAUACGCGCUUCGCCGGCAUCGCCAGGGGUGUAGGCACUGCCAAGAUCCUCGGUAGAGUGCACUCGACGCAGCUGCAGCUGGGCACGGGGCUCUUCUUGCCGUGCAGCUUUACGAUCAUGGAGGGCAAGGGCGUGGAUAUGCUGUUUGGCCUCGAUAUGCUCAAGCGGUACCAGGCGACAAUCGAUCUGAGCAAGAAUGCACUCGUGAUCAAUGGCGAGCAGAUUCGCUUUUUGGACGAACACGAGUUGCCUGCGGAAGCGAAUGCCGAGUACGAGCUGGACGAAGAGGGGAAUCCCAGGCCGGUCAAGAAGGGGGGUGCGGAAGGCGCGACGACUUCGGCACUGGGCGCAGCGAGCGCGAAUGCCAACGCUGCUGCCGCCGCCACUGUUGCUGCUGCUGCAGGGCCCAAGUUUCCUGGUGCUGGGCAGGCUAUCGGGAGUUCAAACACGACAACGGCGCAAUCGCAGCAGGCAAGGGGAGAGCACUUUGAUUCGCACGGCUGGAGCUUCACCCAUCCCAACGCUCAACCUUCUCCAGCGACGUCGUCACCCGCGCCAGCAGCACCGGCAGCGGCAGCACCGUCGUCGGCGGAUGGCCUUUCUAAAUGGCCCGCUGCAUCGAUCAAAGCGCUUACGGACCUAGGGGCUUCGCCCCAGCAAGCGACGACUUUCCUGGAUGCUGCGAAUGGAAAUGUUGAGGUGGCUGCUAGCUUGCUCUUUCAACAGUAG